AUGAACUCUUUACGCACGGCAUUAUUUCGAUACGCGUCAUUUCCUUCUUCUAUCCACCUAUAUCAACAACCUCUUUCAGCCGCAUAUGCCACGCUUAAUCAAGUAAUGCGUGGUAUACGAAAGUCUAAAGUCAAAUUGUCAAAAUCACCCGCUCUGGAAGGAAGUUUUCAAAAGAAGGGAAUUUGUAACAAAGUUUACACAACAAAACCAAAGAAACCCAAUUCUGCCGUACGUAAAGUGGCUCGUGUUAAGCUUUCCACGGGAAAAUUCGUAACGGCUUAUAUACCAGGAGAAGGUCAUAACUUGAGUGAACAUAGUGUUGUUCUUGUUCGAGGCGGGCGUGUUAAAGAUUUACCUGGUGUUCGAUAUCAUCUUAUUAGGGGAGCUUAUGAUUUCACUGGUGUACCAAAUAGAGCCUCUUCUCGCUCAAAGUAUGGGACUAAGAAGCCAAAACUAAAUUAUAUCAAAUAUAAAAGGAAUCUAAAAAAUUUUGGGCUAGUACUUUUAAUAUUUAUAAUGUCAAGUUUAGUAAAACCUUCAAUUCUUUCACUUUCUCCAAAAAGUUUUAUUUCUGUUCUUAGAUCUCACGGAAUUACUAAAUUUCAUGCAUAUUUUAAUCGAAAUACCGGAAAAACUGUAGCAUCUCAUCCCAUUCUACAACCUAUUGGAGACUAUUUUACUCAAGAGGGAAUUGAUUUCGAUAAACAUGAAGGAAUUUUCGGACAGAUCGGGUAUAAAUCUGGAGUACUGCAGGGAGCAUUUGUUCAUAGAACUUGUCGAGGUGCUGCGGCAGGUGGUACGCGAAAUUGGAGUUAUGAUAGCAUAGAAGAUUGGUUCCGUGAUGGAAUUCGGUUGUCCAGAGCAAUGACACAUAAAAAUGCUCUCGCUGAAUUAUGGUGGGGAGGCGGAAAAGGAAUAAUUGCUAGAAACUCUGGAGUUGCAUUUGAGGAAGGGGCUUCAUCCUUACAACGUCGUUUAGUCUUUGAAGAAUAUGGUUCUUUUAUUAGUUCAUUGAAAGGUUGUUAUGUAACGGCUAAAGAUGUAGGAAUGAAAGAUGAAGAUAUGGAAGCAAUUUUUUCAAAAACGCGUUUUACAACUUGUAUUUCGCCGCAAUAUGGUGGUAGCGGUAACCCAAGUUUACCAACGGCAAGAGGAGUUGUUCGUGCACUUGAAGCCGCCUUUUCACAUUUAGGUAGAGAAUCGUUAGAAGGUGCCACAAUCGCUGUUCAGCACAUCAUUGCUUGUGACAUAGAUCCGCAAAAGAUUCAAGAUUUAGAAAAAGAAUUUGGCAAAGGAUUUCAAAGUGGCAAAAUUGAAUUCCGAUUAACUAAGCGAAAUGAUAAUUCAAUUUUAUUUGAAGACGUUGAUGCUGUUUCACCAUGUGGAGUUGGCAAUAUACUUACUUCACAAACAAUCCCAAAUAUUAAAUCGAAGAUCGUUUGUGGCGCAGCCAACAAUCAGUUGGGAGAUCCUGCUAAAGAUGAUAAACUUCUUGCCAGGCAAGGGAUCACAUAUAUACCAGAUUUUUUGGCUAAUCGAAUGGGAAUUGUGAAUUGCGCUGACGAGCAAUACGGUUAUGUUGAAGACGAUCCAUUUAUCGAACAACAUUUAGGUGAUUCAUGGGAGAAUUCGAUUUACAAUUGUACAAAAUUAAUUCUCGAAAAAGUCAAGGCAACAAAAAGAACUCCACAAGAAGUAGCAAUAGAGCUAGCAGAAAAAAAAUCUUUUGUUGAACAUCCAAUUAAAGGACAUCGUGGUAUACAAAUUAUUAAAGAUUUGAUAAAAAGUCCAGAAUGGAAAUUUAAUUAA